GGCUCCCGGCCGCUGCUUCUGCUGCUGCGCUUCCCGGCGGAGACCCCGCGCACGAGAGUCCCACGAGAGUCCCGGCAGGUGGCCGCCCCGACGCCCCACGGCUGAAGGCUGGGUCUAAUGGUACUAGAGAUUUUCAAGGGGUCUGGGGACCUAAGAAAUGCAUGCCUAGCUUAAAAACAGAUGGGCCAAAGAACUGCCUGCGUAGAAGACCAGAAUCUAAGCUAUCCUGUUUUGUCACUUGGCAAUUGUAGAUAAGAAUGGCUUAUUUGGAGGAGCAAGGAGGAGUCCCCUGUGGUUUUAUUCGCCAAAAUUCCAGUAACUCCAUUUCCUUGGACUUUGAGCCUAACACAGAGUACCACUUUGUGGAGGAAUUGGAAGAGCGCUACAAGUGUGCCUUCUGCCGCUCAGUGCUUUACAACCCCCACCAGACAGGCUGUGGGCACCGAUUCUGCCAGCCUUGCAUCCUGUCCCUGAGAGAGUUAAACACAGUACCAAUCUGUCCUGUAGAUAAGGAGAUUAUCAAAUCUCAGGAGGUGUUUAAAGACAACUGCUGUAAAAGGGAGGUCCUCAAUUUAUAUGUGCAUUGCAAAAAUGCGCCUGGAUGUAAUGCCAAGGUUAUUUUGGGACGAUACCAGGAUCAUCUCCAGCACUGCUCAUUUCAGCCUGUGUCCUGUUCCAAUGAGAACUGCUGGGAAGUCCUGCUCCGAAAAGAUCUGAAAGAGCACUUGAGCGCACACUGUCAGUUUAGAGAGGAAAAAUGUCUUCAUUGCAAAAAGAACGUGGUCACAAUCAAUCUGCAGAAUCACCUGGAAAACUUGUGUCCGGAGUACCCAGUUAUUUGUCCCAACAAGUGUUUGCAGAUUAUUCCCAGAACCAAGGUGAAUGAACACCUUGCAGUGUGUCCUGAGGCUGAACAAGAUUGCCCUUUUAAACACUAUGGCUGUAUUGUAAAGGAUAAACGGGGGAAUCUGCAAGAACAUGAACAGUCAGCCUUGCGGGACCACAUGCUUCUGGUUUUGGAAAAGAACUUCCAGUUAGAAGGGCAGAUUUCUGCUUUAUAUAAGAGCCUUGAGCAAAAAGAACAUAAGAUCCAGCAGCUAGCAGACACUGUGGAGAAAUUUGAAAAAGAGUUCAAGCAGUUUGCACAGUUAUUUGGCAAAAAUGGAAGCUUCCUCUCAAACAUCCAGGUUCUUGCCAGUCAUAUUGACAAGUCUGCUUGGAUAGAAGCUCAAGUACAUCAGUUACUGCAAAUGGUUAACCAGCAACACAAUAAAUUUGACCUGAAGCCUUUGGUAGAAGCUGUUGAUACAGUGAAACAGAAAAUCACUCUGCUGGAAACCAAUGAUCAAAGAUUAGUUGUUUUAGAAGGGGAGACAAAUAAGCAUGAUGCACACAUUAAUAUUCAUAAAGCACAGCUGAAUAAAAACGAAGAACGAUUUAAACUGCUGGAGGGUGCCUGCUAUAAUGGGAAGCUCAUUUGGAAGGUGACAGAUUACAAGCUGAAGAAGAAGGAGGCAGUGGACGGGCACACAGUGUCCAUCUUCAGUCAGCCCUUCUACACCAGCCGCUGUGGCUACCGGCUCUGUGCUAGAGCCUAUCUAAAUGGAGAUGGGUCCGGGAAGGGGACGCACCUGUCCCUGUACUUUGUGGUGAUGCGAGGAGAGUUUGACUCAUUAUUACAGUGGCCAUUCAGGCAGCGAGUGACCCUAAUGCUAUUGGACCAGAGUGGCAAAAAGAACCACAUUAUGGAGACCUUCAAAGCUGACCCCAAUAGCAGCAGCUUUAAAAGGCCUGAUGGAGAGAUGAACAUUGCAUCUGGUUGUCCCCGCUUCGUGGCUCACUCCACUUUGGAGAAUGUCAAGAACACCUACAUUAAAGAUGACAUUCUGUUCUUGAAAGUGGCUGUGGAUCUCACUGACCUCGAGGAUCUCUAAUCACUGUUUAUGAGGUGAUAAGAAAACUUCUUGGAUCCAAAAGCAUGAAGGAGGACACAACUGUUAUUGUAUUGACCUGGCUGUCAGAUUCA